AUGAAUCCCAUUUCAUACCCGUCUUCAAGAGUUUCCCAGCUUGAUGCAGGGAUUUUAGACACAGAGCUAUUCUCAUUGUUAAAAGACCAAGUGAAAUCUAUUUUCCAGCUUCAUGAAACUAGCGGAACCAACUCCUAUGCGAGUCAUUUGUCUUAUAGCAAACAUCCUGAGUUGUACUCCUUGCUUUUGAACUUGUUGAUAUUCAAAUUAACUGUAUGGAAAUCUGAAGCUUCUUAUGGGUCGUCUUUGCAAAAUUUGAAACUCACUAACGUCAAGAAUGGGCAAGUUAUAGGCUUGAAUAAAAAAGGGCUCCUUCUAGCAGUGGUUGUAGGUACAUACCUAUACAAGAGGGUUGAAACGCUUCUAUACCAAAUGGAUGAAAAUGAAAUUGAGGCAGAAGCUUCUGGAGACUACGACUCAAUAAGAUACAAGUUUAAAAGCUUUGUAGUCAACAAUCGGAACAAGGUCUUGACAAAAAUAGAUGAUGUACUCAAAAUUGCCAAUUUGAUAAAUUUUACCAUGUUUCUUGUAAAUGGUAAAUACUCAUCAAUUGUUCAUAGACUAUUUGGCAUCACUGAAACGCCUUUGAUAUCAGACUUGUUAAAAUUUAAUGGGAGUAAUGUCAACUAUGAGUUUCAAAAUAGACAACUAGUGUGGAAUGUUAUGACGGAGUUCUUGGUCUUUCUUCUUCCGCUUUUGCAAGUGCGCAAGCUUAGAAGCACCAUGGGCAAGCUUUUGAGUAAAGGGAUCCGUGGAAACGCUGUUGAGGGCCAAAAAAGUAGUGGCAACAUGUCCUCUUCAUCGUCAAACAGCAAAUUCACUCGGUACCGGAAUCUACCAUUACUGGAGUGCGCUAUUUGUCACGACAACAAUGACAAGGCGUCGCGUUCGGGAGGGAGAGUAUUUGCCACUGCUGGACCUGUGACAAAUCCUUGCAUAACCAACUGUGGUCACGUUUACUGCUAUGUAUGUAUCGCAACCCAAUUUAACAUUAUCAAAUCUAGCGGAGACAGUGUAUCUUGUUUAAGGUGCGAUAGUAAACUAGAGUGGUUCCAGGAAUUUGAAGCAGACGAAAAAGCUAUUGAUGUAGAUGCAAUUGUUGUAGAGCAAGAGGAUGUUGAAAAUGAAGGAGAUUCUGAGAACAAUAUGGCACAAAUUUCUGAUGAAGAGGAUAUACAAAGCUUAAACUCCAUAAAAAGUGAUGACGAUGGAGAUGACGAUGGAGAUGACGAUGACAACAGUUCAAAUCCAUAUUUACCAGAAAAGUCACAAUCAUUCAGUAAACUUGAAAGAAGAUUAAGCCAUCGCCUGUCAAUAUUUGAGAAAAGUGAAUACUCCGCUGAACUGAGUGAAAAUGAUGACGACGAUUAUAGUGAAGAGGAAGAGAUGGAAGCAGAUGAAACAAUGUUCUAG